AUGAAAGUAAAGGAUUCUAACAUUUUGUCAGCAACAUUUCCAGGGUCAACCCAAGUGGCUUACAUUUUAAGCCUUGGUGUCGUGGAAGGAUACAGACGGAGAGGCAUUGCUUCUGCUCUCCUGGACAACUUUCUAACAUCGUUGACCACAUGUCCCCGGCAGAUUGCCAAAGCUGUCUACCUCCAUGUCCUAGCCACUAAUACAGGAGCCAUCAGGUUUUAUGAGAAGCAUAAAUUCCAACGCCAUGAGUUCCUUCCAUACUAUUACUCUAUCCAUGGUCAAGCCAAGGAUGGUCUCUCCUAUGUGCUCUACAUCAAUGGUGGUCAACCACCCUGGACACUCAUAGAUUAUAUGAAGCACUUCGGUUCCUACAUCUCACGCAUCCAACCGUGCAAUCUACCCAACGCCAUGGCUCGUCACACGCGUAACUUCUUUUCAGCGCGACGCAGCUGGGUCCACUUGCCCCACCUUCCCAAUAUGCCUAGCAUGCCAAACAUGCCCAAUAUCACUAUGCCAAACAUUCUAUCGCGCAUCAGAGGUCAAGGGUCAUCGUCUGUGGGUCCGUCAGGGCCAUCAUCGUCAUCAGGGACAGGUGACUGUUCAGAUUCUUCAUCAUCCACAUCAUCGGUGGAAGCGGUGGCAGUGGUCGAAGACGGCGCUGGGGCUUCAUCCGGGGAUGCAUCGCUCCCAGUUCCGGAGGUUGUCACCAUUCCCAUGUCAACAAGCGAGGGCGCUGAAUCAUCAAGCUCCAGUCGGCGCAGCUGGUUGCCUAACAAGCUUCCGAACCGGUUGCCGAACUUGAACAAGUCGAUGCCUAGUAUGCCCAGUAUGCCUAGCAUGCCUAGUAUGCCCAGUGGUAUGAGCCUGCUAACCAGGUUUGGUGGACAGUGCUACGAUAGCGGAGAACAAAAUGAGCCCGAUGAACCGGAAGAGUACACCAAUGCUGAUCAUAAAUUAUAAUCAUCAUCAUUUUUAACCUGAAACGCCAACAAAUCGGGUAAACAAUCCUAUCGUGGUGACAUUCUUGACAACUAGGAUUAUGCGAUGUUGCAAGGAAUCGACUGGUGGUGUGGAGUUUUUCUGUGUGUAAUGGAAUCUAUCAGUGCUACUAUGUUGAACGGUUACAAGGUCUCGAUGACAGUUUGGAUUUCAAGAAAGGAAGGGCUAUGUCGUUCUUUGCUUCUAUAUGGGGUCAAAGUUCAAUGAGGGAAGAAUGAAUAUGCAUGAAUUGCAUGAUACAUGUAUAUAUAUAGUUUUAAACAGUAAAUGCAAAAAAGUGGUUAUCCCUUUAAAAGAAGGAUCAACCUAGACCUCUCUACAGAGAAGACUCGUACCCUGCUGUUGAGGUGCAUGUAGGUGGUUCAGUGUAUAUAUCAUUCGGAUUCAUGCACGUGUCAAAGCAAUCUUUUAGUUUUCUCAAAUUGAGGAACAAGUGAAUUGAAGGAAUGCUCUAUCAUCUUCCUGCAGCUCAGCCUGUUGACAUUGAACAUGUUAUGCCUUCUGUGUUAUGUGACCAAGUCUCCUAUUCUAUAUGGCAAUGAGGUGAAUUCACUUUUUUGCAUUAUUAAAGGACUUCACAUGGACACCAUUGAUGCUGUGAUCGGAUGUAAUAAUGGAGGCUACUGCCGAUUGGUAAAAAUUGUCGACAACUCUCUAUAGUAUUUUAUUUUAGUCCCUGAUAAAAGACAUUCAAUUGGUCUUAAUGCCAAGUUGUACCUUAUCUAAAUUGAUGUGAUUUUUUUUGUUAUACCAAUGGACAAUAUUGUUACAUUGUGCUGUAGAAUGUAAUAAACAGUAAACAAUAUAGUAUUAAGAUUUUUGUUCCUUCUUUAAAUUUUCUUUUCUUUUGUGAAAGGAAUGAUAAUAACUUUCCAGGAAGAAACAAGUUUUAUAAGAGUAGGUUUUGAUAGUAGUUUUUAUCUACACAGAUCUGACAAACUUCUGUAUUCAAAUUGUUUUUUUUUUUGGUCCCCAGUUGUGCAAUUUUAGUACCAAUCUAAUACUCCAGAAAAAACAACCUUACUUCAAAAUUUAAAUUCAGUAUUGUGGAAGAACUUCAAUUCUAACAAUGUCUAAAGGUCGAUAGUACACAUAGUUUUCCUCAUAGUUUCAUCUAGGUAACGUCUCUUUAUACAGAAGAGAGCUAAAUUGUUUAGUUUUCAAUGAUAUUUGGCAUUGGUUUAUGUGUGUGUGCAUCUUCUUUAUGAGGCUGUGUAUUAAGUAUUUAUUUGAUGAUUUUUGCCAUUAAUUUGACAGUUUCAGUAAAAAAGUACAUACAACAUUUGGAAGGAUAAAAUAAGAAUGUAAAAAUACACAUUUGAGCUCAUAGUUGUCAAAGGACAUUUUUAGUUUUUCCAGAGCAGUCUCCAUGGUCAGUUGAUAGAAUAUAUCCUUUCAUUUAUUUUGAAUCAUAUUUUUUUAUUUUCAGUCUAAAUGCAGUACAUAGAAUGGUAAAGAUUUGAAUGAGAAUUAUGCUCAAGAAGAUAAAUAGAAUUUGAAUUUGCAGUAUAUGAACAAAAAAUAAGAUGAAUGGAAUAGUGUUCAAUGCAUUUGGAACAGGCACUUGUACAUUGUGCAAAACACUGGCGUAAAUCCGUGUUGAUGGGUGGGGGGGAUGACUGAAAUAUUUUGGCUUUUUUAUUUUGCAAUCAUGUUUUUAGAUAUGCAAGGAAUUGUCAUUGAUAUGUCCACAGUGGCGUACCGUGGGUCACGGCAUUGGGGAGGGGGGCACCAGCAAAAUGUUUGAAUCACUGAGUGAGCGCGCUCAGUUGCCAGUUAUACUGACCUAAUAGAGACAUUUUCUGGACAAUGUCAUUAAACGGAUAUGCAUCUCACUGAUCAAAUAAUGCGAGCGCGAAGCGCAAGCUGAAUUUUUUUUAUAUUCACACCUAAAAAGAGACAUUAUAAUCAAAUUUGUGUAAUCAUGAUAGGUACCUGUCUCGCUAAACAAUACGAGCGCGAAGCGCGAGCUGAAGUUUUCGUAUAUUUUGACCCCAAAAAGCGAGAUUUUGAGGAAUAUAUUUUAGGAAUCCAUUAAGAGUAUGCAUAUCUCACCAUAGUCAUCUAAUGCGAGUGCCAAGCGCUUGCUGGUUUAUAAGAAUUACAUCUGAACACAUGAACCACUUUUUGUAGUCAUUGCAAUCAUGAUUAUCAUACGCAUCUCACUAAUCAAAUAAUGCGAGCGCAAAGCGCGAGCUGAAAAUUUAGACCUGAAGUGGGGCAUUCUAAGGUUUCUUUGUAGGAAUUAACUAGGACCAUACGUAUUUCAAUAUCCAAAUGAUGCGAGCGCGAAGCGCGAGCUGAAAAUUUUUGAUAUUCAGAUCAGAAGGGACAUUUUAAGGACUGAUUUUAGGAAUUCAUGAAGAGCAGACAUAUCUCACCAAUCCACUAAUGCGAACGUAAUCACGGACAAGAAAUGUUUCAUAUAUACGAAGACCUUAACAUGGGGCAAUCACUUUUUGAGUCAUGAAAAAGAAGCAUAUGUCACUACAUAAAACAAUGAUAACUCAAGUGCUAGGAAAUAUAUUUGGUUUAUAUUGACUUGAAAACGGGAUGUUUCAGUACAACAGGAUUAUAUAUCUCAUUAACAGACAAUGCAAGCACCAGGAACAAUGAAGACGUAGGCCCUGGGCAAAUUAUGUUUCAUGAAGUUAUGAGAAAAAUGUUUCUUAUGUAAUGUAACAUAACAUAAUUAUAAUAUAACAUUAUAAUGAAUAAUAUUUUCUUCUUUCCCACUAUACGCUUCUCUUCCUUUCUCCCUCUUUUCUCCUUUUCCCCUUUUCCCCGUUUUUUAUUUUGGUCAGCCGAUGCCCCCCCCCCCCCCCGUAGUUACGCCAUUGUAUGUCCAUAUGGCAAAUACCCCUCCAAUAUUAUUAUCUUUUUUACCCCAUGAUGGUUUAAUCAUAGAGCUAUUACCAUGGUUUAAUGGUUUUAUUAGAGAUUACAUUAAAAAAGAAUUGACAUUCCAUCUUAAUCCCUUCCCAAAGACCCCAACAUUGAUGAAUUGGAAGAAACGGGAGUUUCUCUUCAAUGUUAUAAUAAGGACAUAAGUAUUUCGUUUGGAAAUGGUGAACUGGCUCUUUAUUUGCAUUUUAUGAUUCAAUAAUAUUGUUUUAUUUGUUAAGCGGUAUUUCAGGAAGAAUUUUCACCAAUAAAACAAUUAUCUCUUGUGAUUUUUUUUCAUUUCUUUCGUAAAAAGUGGGGGGGGGGAUGUUUGUACAGGCCAUCCCCCCCUCCUCGAAAAGUGAGGGGGAUAUAUCCCCCCAUCCCCCCCGGGAUUUACGCCAGUGGUGCAAAAUACACUCACAAACCUAUACCCAUGUCUGAGCAUGUAUGAUACGAUACCUCCCUAAGGUCCCAAAUGUAAUAUUCAUAUCUGUCAACUUAAUCCUUCAAACCAGUCCUCUUUUCCACAUAAAAUGUGGUACAUGCACAUUGCAACUAGAUACAAAGAUUUUUGUUUUAAAAAAAUACGAGCAUUGCUGCACCAUCAAUCAAAUGCUUAACACAAAUUUUACACAAGCUAUAAACAACUAGUAUAGGAUAAUAUUCUGGGCCAAAAUUGAAGGCUACCAUUUCCAAAUAAUUAGAUAUUUUGGGGGGCAAAUAGAUGAUAACAUUUGUUUAGAAUCUGUAUAGAAAUGAUCCAGAGACUAUGGCAUUGCUCCUGAGAUGGUAAGAAAUUAUUAGACAAAUAUAAGAUUUUAAAUCAUGAAAAUGCCAAGCAAAUAGAAAUGUGAUAAUAUAUAAUGAUAAUGGAUAGUACAUGUACUGUACCAGUCAUAUAUAUAAAAUAGUUUUAAAAAAGGAACAUAUUAUAUAGGGGUAUAUCAUUUUAAAUUGAUGUUAGCAUUCAUGAGGGAGUGUUAAAUUGCUACAUUAGGUCAAUAAUAAUGUUCAAUAAAAAGAGCUUAAAAUAAUUGCACAGACAUGGGUAAAUGACCAUUGCUUAAUGAUAUAUAGUACAUAUAUCAUGGCUAAAUUAAAUCCAAGAAUAAACUUAAGUGUGCUUUGAAAACUACUAUACGAAUACCAGUAUUAUCCUCUUUUGCCAGCUUGACAAUUUAUGAAAAUCAUACUGUAUUGCAACACAUUGUCUUGCAUAAUCUGAUCUAAAAUAAUGCUCUGUGUUUAGGGAUUAUUCCAUUUUAAUUUUGAAGGUUGACUUAUGCAGAUUCUACUGUAAGUAUAAAGAUAGCUUGAGAAGACAAAAAUAGACAAGGAACCGAACAUUUCCUUAAAUAAUGUACAGGCCAAUUACAUUCAAGUGUAGAUUAUAGCUAUCUUUACUAGGUAAAAACUUUGUGAUAUGGCUAAGAUAAAAAGGUGAACUUGGAAUUAUGCCAACUUCUUUACUAUCAUUUAUGUUGGUUUUGCUUGUUAGUUUUGCAAGUUCAUAUCUGUUCAUUUUUUUUUCCAGUGGGGCACUUGUUCCCCCCAUGUUUUGUAAACAAAGUAGUACUUCAGGUUGAUAUAUUGAUUAAUCCUCCUCACCAUCAGUCUUAGAUAAUGCACAUAGAAUGGAAUGUACAUAAUCCAGAGUCCAUUCCCCGAUGUGAUAGUAAUAGUAAUAGUAAUAGUUUAAUUAGCAUGUUACCACAUCGUCAGUAUCAAGUGCUGUGUACAAUUUAGUUUGAUACAACCAAAUUUGAUAUACGUAACCAAAUGAUGGGUUAAAAUACAAAAUUGAAUAAUGAAGAUGACCUUGUGAAACCCAUUUUCAAUGAAUCGAUGCAGAAACUCAAUUGCCUGUUUUGUAAUUCAUUAAUCUUUAUUCGUACAUUCUAAAAUAACAAGAAAUUUUGAAGAAUUUGAAUUUUAUUUUGAAUUUUUAUUUUAAUUUGACUUAACCCAAAAAGGUUAAAAAAAUUGGAUUGCCUAUUAUUGCCUUUUAAAUUUGUGAAAAAGUUAAAUCAUAUAUAAACUAUUUUGUCUUUGCAGGAAAGGUUGGGGGAGGGGGAGAAGUGAAUCACAUAAAAAAAAUGAUAGGAAACAAGAUUAGAUUUUUAAAACAUGAAAUGUAGGUAUACUUUUAAAGUUGUAAAAUUUAUUUCAGCCUUUAAUAGAACAGCCUACAUACAUGUAUGAUGCCAGUGGACUGUUGGAUUAAAAAAAAUAUAUUUUGCUUUAAACAAGAAGUAAUAUGCUGGUCCCUAGAUUGAAUGCGAUCCAGAGACUUAUUUUCAUACCAACGCUACAGAGUGAGUGUUUCCUUUAUACCAAUGUUUUUUGCUAACAAGUUUCAAUUGAAAUAGUGAUUCUUGAUUGUAUUUUCAACUUUUAUAUAUACUAUUGAAAUACAGUAGAACUUCCAAAGAUUUAAGUAUGUUUGUCUAGAUGAGCAGGACGUGGUCAGUGAAAUAAAUACUAAUAGUUGAUUGGUGAAUUGAUAUGUAUAGAAUGAAAUUUUAAAAUCAAUAUCUUGUUAAAGUAAGCAGGUAUUUUUUUGUAAUGGAGCUUUAGUAUAGAUAUUGUCUUGUUGCUGUUUGAUAAUGGAAGGUUCUUGGAUUAUUCCUUCAGCAUCUCAGGAUAGUUAGUAAUUGUUUCUUCUUAACUUUCAUUGUGCUUGGACACAGGUGUACAUUUACAUCCUCUGCACUUUUCUCUGUAUAUCAUCUGUAUUGUCUCUCUCUAAUCUUCGUGCCUCUUUAUAUACCACCCUAUCAGUCUCCUAUUCAUUUUAUUCUUCACUUUAUCCUUUUCAUAUUUCUGUCUGUCUUUAUUUAUCUACCUAUUUCAUUUGCUCAUUUCAGCCUCUUAAAUUUCAUGCUUUGUCCUUUCUAACUUUUAAAUUUUCUUCACUUUUUCACCCUUUACUAUGUAUUAUUUUUUUGUCUUAUCUUGAGCAUCCUACAAUCAUUCAACAGUAUGCUUCACUAAGUUCUGCAUCCAUCUUUUCCUCUCUUUAACACUAUCUUCAUAUUCAAAGUUUCAUAUUCUCAAGGAGGUACUCUCUCAUGAUUUGGUUUCGAUAUUGUUUCUGCUUGGCAAGUGAUGGAGAAAAAUGAUGCUUUUUAAACAGGGUGCUGUAUUUGUCAAGCAACAAUGUGUCCUUUUGUUUUAUGUAUAAGCAAUGUAUUUUCAGUGAUAUGUAGGUAAAAUCUAUACUCAAUAUUGUUUAUUAUUGGUGUUGCUUUAGUAUGGUAUAGUCACUCUCCUAUCCAUGUUUGUACCCAUUCUAAGUAUCAUUUAAAUAGCUAUUUUCUUAAAUGAUUUUACUAUCAGUAUUAUUUCUCUCUUUUUUCAAGAAUGAGAAAGUAUAAUUAUAAUAAUGAUAAUUACGACAAUGAUCUUGUAUAGCACAUAUACCCACUAAACGCCUUACUCUGUCUUGGCUACCUAUUACAUGUUAUAAACCUCUCUUUAAGAAUGUCGAAUAAUCCGUUCCUCUGAUUGGUCAAAACUGAGGUCAUGUAUACGACCAUGCCUUCAAAGCAACAAACUAAGUUGGUAACCAAGGGCAACGGGCAUAGUUAACAAGAUUUCUGCCCGUUGCCCCCUGACCCGCCCCUUAACGACGGGCAUAGCAAAAUUUGGCUGAAAUCCCCAUUAGAUUGCAUGCAAAAUGUUGCUUUCUGCGGUGAUUGCGGAUACCAUAAAUAUCCGCGCGAUUUGAUCGAAAGUUUUAGACAAUUCUCGCAUUUACGCGCUUAUUGCGCAAGUGCGCGCAACGGAUGUGACAUAUCGAUGGAACGAUGCAAAUCUUUGACUUUUGCUUGUUAAUUGCUGUUAAAAUAUAUGGCAUUUAUUGAAAAGAAAACUAACUUAUUAAGGACAUAACGGAUGUAUCAAUCAACAUGUCUUGUCGCAGUUCGCUCAAAUGCAUGGUCGCAAAAGGUGAGUCGGGAGAAAAGAUUAGACGGUCACUGCACUUUCUAAAAAUAAACGUUACUCGUUCAACUUAACGUUAGGACAGCUACAUGUAAAGUUAGGUAUGACAAACGACAACGUUAGGACGGGUAGAUCUAAUUUUUAAUUGACGUUAGUUAGCUAGAAGUUACGUGCGUAGGUUUAGUCGACUAGAUCUAACGUUAGAUUACACUUUACAUGGAGAUUUAAGAUUUAAGACUGAACUCUAGCUUAGUAGAGUCGCCCUAUUCAGAAUCAUAAUUUGGUUCCUAAAAAUAUCUAGCCUAGGCCUAGGCCUAGUAGGGCCCAUCGGUAUGAACUGCUUUGAUAUUCGAUUUUGAGACCCAACUUUGUGGUCAGGGCUAUAAAGUUAGGGCCUAGACCUAACGUUAGCUUGGGGCCAAGGCCAGGGGCAGGCUUUUAGAUCUAGACCUAGACUAGGCCCUAACGUUAGAUCUAAUGUUUAAUAAUUCGGUUCAUAAAAUAUAUAUGGACUGCUUUUAUAUUCGAGACAUGGUUGUUUCAAUUCGGCUCGCGGGUACCGCAUCGGCCAGACCAUGCCCUCGGGCAAGCCCUCGGGCAUAGUCGCGUUGCGGUCCCCUUGAGCCUCUAGAAACAACCAUGCCUCUCAAAGCAGUCCAUAUAUCUAUAAUAUGACUCACAUCAUAUUAGGAAUUUCUCUUUGCCUGUAACCACUUUCACCUGGGUGAAGAGUGGCAAAUGUAGAUGAAUGUUUUGCCAAAUGACAUUGGUGCUGCUGUGUGAUAUGAAUCCUGGACCUUGUGUUUGGGGUAUUAUCUACUGAACCAUAACACUUCUAGCACAUCAAAUAUUGAUCGAGUCAUAUAAUGUAUACGAUAAAAUGAUGAAGAGUCUGAUAUUUCAAUAAUAGAAAAGAAAAUAACAACUGGGUGUUGUGGUGUGCGCCUGUACUCCUAGCUAUAUUGGAGAAGUUACAAAUUGAUGCAGAGGUUCGAGAUUCAAGCCUUAGUCACAUCUAUUGGAUGGUGACAUUAAAGUACGGUACCAGAUUUAAAUAAUAAUAAUAAUAAAGGUAUAUUUACACCCAGGGUAGCCACUUCAGUUCCGAAAACUGUUCUCCCAGCGGGCCCGGCUAUUACCCGGCUAAGCUAGGCUACCUAUUCGGUGCACACAGCUUUUUUGAGGAAUUACUUCCUGCCGGUAAACAUGAUUGAUACACGUCUAACAAAGCUCUAUCACACACACACAACCUUUUGCAUGUUUAACAAUAAGGAACACUGUUACUGAUUCACAUCAGUGUGAAUGGCAGUUAACCUUUAGAUGUUUUGGAAAAUUCACUAUUAAUUAUCAUGUUAUACAUGUUAUGAAAACAGCCACAAUAUUCACAUUUCAGGGAUAUCCCUGGAAAUGUAAAAAUAACACUCAUAUUUAAUUCAUUGAAAUUUGUGACUGUUAAGUAGUAAUUAUAGAUCUCUCUCAACAAUUAUGAAAAUUAAGUGAUUAAUUAUGAAUACUUAGUCUAUGUUGGAGGGUACUGUAGUUUUUAUCAAGUGUUAUGUCUAAUUUGUUUACUCUUGUAUCCAAUGUAUUUCCCUGAAUAGAAUUCUUACGGUUUUGUAUGGCUUCUUUUUGCCCGUUUUUCUGUGUUUGAAAUGUUGAUUCAAAGUUAGCAAUGUAUAUGAAUCAUGAAAUGUGGAGAUACACUGCACUUAGAAGAUAGUCUUGGCUGUAUACAGUCUGUAUGGAGGGGAUUUUUUUUUGGUUGUUGUCUAUAUAAAAAUUAGCAUUUCAUACCAAAUGCUGUUUUGUAUCAAUUGAUAUACAGUAUGUAUUCUUACCUACAGAUGGAUUUAUACAUGCAUUCAUGUACAUAAUCAACAUGGGUAGUUUCUGGUUGAAUUUACAAGGUAUAUUAAUGAAAUUAAUGUUUUAUUCAAUUCAACUAAUCUUAAUGCAUUUAAAAAAGAUGUAUAGAAUGUGUAUAAUAUAUAUGAAUAUCAGGUUUAUCUAUGCACUGCUUUAGAUUAUCAUCGUUCAUGAGAUUAUAUAUAGGCCCCCAAUCAAAAUACAGGGAUGUAAAGAUCACAGUCCUUUUAUUAUACAAAAUGCUCCAUUUUCCGUAAUUCAUUGACAACUGGUAUAUUACCUAUACAAGGCAUUUUAGGAGAUAGAUAAGUCAUAUUUUGCUCACUACUUUCAAUCCGAGACCAACGAGGUAAACAUUUGCCAUGUUGCCCUCCCCGUGCUUUGCACAUAGGAAUACUGUACAAAACAGAGGGCAAUAUUAGCCAUAUUUCUGCUAGUGCGCUUGUGCAGUAGGAGCAGAUUUUGGUUGCUAAUUUCAGUAUUUCAGAAAUCUGGCUGGAACCAGUUUAUGAACCAACGCAUUGUAGAUAAUGCGCGGCACGGCCAGUGCAUAUACAAACGUAACCCAAGCGCAAGAUUUCUAUGCGUUGAGUGUAUGUGCGCGCCAUGUAUGAUGCGCGACUGCAAGGUAACAAUUUACGUCACAAUUGCUUAAAAGCAAGGGUUACUUCGCUAGGUUCGUAAAUAAUCUGGAAUCAAAAGUAGUGAUAAGCAAAUAAAUUGUUCCAAACAAUAGGUUGCAUUACACAGCUGUAGGUAAUAAUAAUAAUAUUGACUGGCUCUUUCAGGAAACAUCAAAUAUAUAGCCCUUAAAAGGACCAUAUUGCACUCGUCUAAAGACUUGAGCCAAUAUGAUUCUGUUGCGGGCGACUUAUUUGAUGUUCCCCUAAAGGCCAGCCAAUAUUAUAUAAAUGUAAUACACUAUGAUAUAGAUGCCAAUAUAAUUGAAUGGUUCAUAGCUUUAUAUCUUGAUUUAUAUAGCGUUGAUAACCAUUAUCCUACUAACUGCUUGUUAAUUAAUUUUGAUUAUGUCACAUUUCAGUUGUAUGUAAAUUCACUAUAUACUAGCGUAUUGGUUGAAAUUUUUUGCUGUUUAUUAAAGUUUAUUUUGAAAGGUGUGAAUAAAAAUAUAGUGUAUGGUAGUGUGAUCCUAAUUAAUUCUAUAUGAAACAAAAUGAAUGUUUUAGUUUUAACAAUUUCCCUCCCCAUACAUUAAUGUAUUCAAUCCACACACACUUUAUACAACUCCAUUAGAAACUUUAUAUCUCAUGCCUUUCCACUGUUUAUAUAUCAUAUUUCUUGUAAUCAAUCAUAUACAUUGAAGUAUCUUAUAGUUUUGUUAUGUAUUGUAAAUUUACCACUACGGGCCUAUAUUAGAAUGGUGGUGUCCCCAUGUUAUACUCUCUUUACUUUGCUUAAAUAUAUUUUCCUCUGUUGGCUUUGUACUCGAUUUCAUUCUGUUUGCUUUUUUGUCUCAUGUUGUGAUAUUUAAUUGUCCCUUUGAUGUCCAUCACCGGUGUUAUAUAUUUGCUAGAUUAUGAUAAUUAUCAUUUUAUAUAACAUGCCACAUAUAGGCACAGGCUUUAAAUGAUUUAUAUUAAUUCUAUAUGUGAUCCAUUCAUAGCAAUAAAGCAAAUGAUAGAACUAUAUAAAGUCUGAAAAUGGCAGAAAGAAAUAUUCUCUGGAAUUCUAGAUUCAAUUGAGACCUCCUUUGUAAUUUUUUGAAAACUCCUGUUUAUGAUUAUAAAUGUGAAUUUUUUAAUGGAAUAUGAUGUAGAUAUUGGUCGUUUCCUGCUAAGCAAGUGUGCUAUAUAGUGUUUAUGCAUUUUGAAUCAUUUCAAUACUAAACUUAUAAUAGUGAUUGCUGUAAUGUACUGCUUGGUUUCAUAUUAUGUGAAGAUAACCUUACUGGCAGUGAACUAUUAAAAAGCAGAUGGCAGUUUAAAUAUAGCAACUUCUGCCUUGCAGUGGUUUAAAUUGUUGGAAAAAACAGUCUAUGCUUUGAUACUAGUUGUGUAGCAAAGUUUAAACUGCCCAUUGAUGAUAAAAGUGGUUUCAUAUACUCUAUCGUACUCAGUUAUGUCUGUUUAAUAUGACAUUUUCGGCACUAAAUAGCAAUGUCAUUUAUAUUUUCUAAUCAUUUGCAGAGUUUCUUUUUACCCUGGGAUGGUAGCUUGGGUGAUGGUAAUUUAGUGGGCAAAAGAAACCCAAGUUAUCGAGCAUGUACAAUGUAAAUACAUGUACAUACAGAAAUCAACUUGAGUACAUGUAGUUCUCUGCAUAUUCAAUGAAGUAAAUGUAAAUGCAAUUAAACAUUAAAUUCAGAAUCGAGUAGAUAUUGAUGUUUAGAUGAAAAAAGUGUUAGUAUGACUUUACUAGAACUGUAUUUAUCUCUGUAAUGAUACUGUUCUGUAGUACAUACUAGCAUAAAUUCGAGCUGUGAACCUAUUAUUCGGGGGGGGGGGGGGGGGUGGAUGGUAAUUUGUGUCAUUCCCAAACUUCAGUGAUAUGAUGACUUGUGUAACUGACUAUUUCAAUUUAAAAUACUGUUUAGGUUUUGAUGGUGCUUAAAUCUGAAGAGGCUUGUUUAAGAACAUUCACAGCAAAAUAAGUCCAAUACACUGGUUUAUAUAAGCCAAGAGAAACUUGACAUGUCUCAAUAGGCAAAGAUUGCACCAGAUUUGACAUGUUUGGUCCUGUAUUACAAAAAGCACAAUACAAAAAUAUGACAUCCUCAAAAAUGUUUAAAGGACAAGUCCACCCCAACAAAAAAUUGAUUUGAAUAAAAAAGAGAAAAAUCCAACACUGAAAAUUUCGUCAAAAUCGGAUGUAAAAUAAGAAAGUUAUGACAUUUUAAAGAUUCACUUAUUUUUCACAAAAUAGUUAUAUGCACAAUUUAGUCUCAUGCAAAUGAGAGUCUAUGAUGUCCCUCACUAACUAUUUUUUUUUAUUGUUUGAAUAAUACAAUAUUUCAAUUUUACAGAUAUGACAAUAAGGACAAACUUGACUGAACCAGAAAAUGUUAAACAAUGGUAAUUCCACAUGUUCAGGGAGAAAUAAAACUUUGUUUCACAGGACAAUGGGAAGAAAAUUAUAUUUUAUAUUUCAUAUAAUAAAAUACAAAAGAAAUAGUGAGUGAUGUCAUCAGUUCCCUCAUUUGCAUAACGACCGGGAUGUGCAUAUAACUGUCUUGUGAAAAUUAGCGAAACUUAAAAAUGUCAUAACUUUCAUAUUUUACAUCCAAUUUCGAUGAAAUUUUCAGCGUCAUGCUUGAUUUUUCUCUUUUUAUUCAAAACAACUUUUUGUUGGGGUGGACUUGUCCUUUAUGACAUCCCUUGUAAACAAUAAUACUGGUUAUCAAUCCUGAAAAAGAAGUGAAAAAAGAGAAAACGUUAGUAAAAUUCUGAUAUCAUAGAUUAAAUCAGUCUAGUGACAGGUCCGAACAUGUAGCAUUCAUCCAAAUGUGGGUUAUGUAAUCAAGUUCACUACUGUGAAAUAGGGUUAAUCAAAUAUGGUAUAUGUUUGUGUAUGGUUAAGACCAAUAACCCUUUGCAUUUUAGUUGAUGCUUGUCUCUGUCUCUGACAUUAAAAUUGCUAUUCAAUUAAUUUUAAAACAAAAUUGCUAUUCAAGUUCAUUUGGAAACAGUUGUAAAACAUAAUUUGUUGUAAAUUGACAUUGAUGUCUGUAUUAAUGUUUUCAAGCAUGAUUAUAUUUUGGUGUGUUUUUCUUUAGAUAAGCCUCUUGCGUUUUUAAUGCCAGGUGUUGAGUCAGUGAUAUUCAGUUUUUUUUUUAUAGUAUAAAGCUAGGAUACUUUGUGGCUAUAAAUGUAUUAAUUUAAAGUUUGAUUAUGACUAGGACAGCAUUGUAUACCAAUUUCCUGUGUUAUGAUUAUUUACCAUGCAGUUACUGAUCAAAUUAACCCUUGAUUAUUUACAUUUAUGUGUUUUUAUGUUACCAAUCAUUUAUGUGAAGCUAUUCACUCAUGUUAUUUUGUAUAUGAAUAUAUGAAGGAAAGUGUUAUGUGCAUACCCCCAUCAAUUAUAUUCUAUAGGAACAUUAAAGAAUAUUGAUGAUAAUCAAAA